GUGACUGUGAACAGGGACAAGAUCCGCUUCACAGUAGACCAAUUGGUUUGUGCAGUUUGGACCGGCAGCUGUUAGAGACAUGGGCAACUCAAACGGAUGCACCGUGGACGACCUGCAGGCCGUGGAGAUGCACCUGUGGUACAAGAAGUUCAUGACGGAGUGUCCGUCCGGCCAGCUCACUCUGCACGAGUUCAAGCAGUUCUUCGGGCUGAAGGGAUUGGACCCGGAGGCCAACGCCUACAUAGAGCAGAUGUUCCGGACGUUUGACAUGAACAAGGAUGGCUACAUAGAUUUCAUGGAGUAUGUGGCGGCUCUGAGUCUGGUGAUGAGGGGAAAGAUGGAGCACAAGCUUCGCUGGUACUUCAAACUCUACGACGUUGACGGAAACGGCUGCAUCGACCGCUACGAACUCCUGAACAUCAUCAGGGCAAUCCGGGCGAUCAAUGGAAACGACAAUCAGGAAACAACCGCAGAGGAAUUCACCAACAAAGUCUUUGAUAGGAUUGACAUCAACGGAGAUGGUGAGCUGUCUUUGGAGGAGUUCGUGGAAGGCGCUCGCAGUGACGAAGAUUUCAUGGAGGUGAUGAUGAAGAGUUUGGACCUUCGUCACAUCAUGGCGAUGAUCCACAACAGGAGGCACAGCGUUUAG